GACAACACUACUAACGUCAAAACAACUGAGGAGGUUAUCAAAAUAAAAACACGAUUUCUAUUUUAAGAAAACUUUGUAUAUAAUCAUAAUAACUCAGUAACAAUGUCCGACGCCGAGCUGGACCCUUCAGAACUGGGCACACAAGACUACUGGCAGCGGGCGUACAUCAAGGAGAUUCGCAACUUCGAGGAGCAUGGAGACACCGGGGACGUGUGGUUUGGGGAGGACAGCGCUGACAGAGUCAUUAACUGGAUCUGCAACUGUGGCGUUGAGAGGGAUACACCCGUUAUAGAUUUAGGUUGUGGUAAUGGCUACACACUGUCAGAGCUGGCACGAGAAGGGUUUACAAACCUGCUGGGCGUGGACUACUGCCCCGAAGCCAUUACCCUCGCAGAGAAGGUGACACAGACUGAGUUCCCUCAUAUACAGUAUAAGGUAUUCGACAUUUUAGAAGACUCUGUCACUCAGCUCGGCAAGUUCGGUAUCGUGCACGACAAAGGCACGUACGACGCCAUAGCGCUCAACCCCGACGAUCCCAAGACGUGUCGACAGAAGUAUAUACAGCAAGUCCACAAUAUGCUCGAUACUGAUGGUCUAUUCAUAAUAACGUCGUGCAACUGGACGGAGGAGGAGCUAAUAAAGCACUUCUCGGAGAAGCUGCGGCUGAAGCGAGCGCUGCCCACGCCGCAGUUCCGCUUCGGCGGGAAGGUGGGCAGCGUCGUCUCCUCCGUCGUCUUCGAGAAGAUAUCAUACUAGGAAAUAUACAUAUUUUGUUACCGCC